AUUGAGUAAAUAGUUUGAUUAAGACAUUGCUUGUUCAACUUGAAUUAGUUACGCUUAUUAUGGGUCUGUGGUAUCUGAAAUAUGUCAUAAAAUUUUUACACUUUAGAGUAUCAACAUUUCGUGCAAACACCAUAUCUAUACAAGAUUUUUAUCUACAUUGAGGAUUUGACAUCAACAUUAAGCCAAACGUUUCCUCCAUAAAUGUGACAAAGCUUCGAUUUUCCUCCUUCUUUAAAUCAAUGUUAAAAUCUCCUGCCAAUAUUAUGGGCAUUGUAUUACUACCUUCUGUGGCCAUAAUUGAAAACAUCUCUGUAAAUUUGGGGUGGAAGGCAGUAUCACAGAUUUCUUAAUAAUUCUUAUAUAAUAAGAUAAGUACUUGUGAUAGUCUGAAACGUUUCUAACAGCACAAAAUUAUUUACUCUAUGACACACUUCUUCUACAAGCGAUUCACAGCUCAGCCUUUUCCGCAAUAACGAAAGCGGAUUGUUGACUGCAAUAAUUAAACACAACAAUUCCUAGUAAACAGAUGAUGUAACAAUUAGUUAUGCACGCAGAAGUUCAUAUAAAAGCUGACCAUUAUCGGUCCAUAUUUACACAUUGUUGGUAUGGAUCUGACGUCACACACAAAACAGCUCCUGAUUGGCCAGGAUAAGUUUGUAUUAUUGAAAUCCCGACAGCAUUGUUGCUGAACAACUGUUUGGUUUGUGACAGUAAUAAUGGUUUAGAAGUAUGCUCAGUAUAGUGUGUUUAGUGGUGAAUUUUCAGUCUGUUUCGAAAUUGAAAAUGGAAUCAAGAUCAAAUGUACCGAUGACAAACAGCUGCGCGUCUUCUCCGAACAUGGAUGUACCAGUUGCGGAGGGCACGGUCAAGAGACUCGUGAAAUAUUUCAGUGAAAAAUUCACUGGUGUUCAGGAAGAACUGUGUUAUGCAACGUAUAGAGCUGAAACUCACUGCUGCAUAAAUACAGCAAAGAAGAGCCGUACAGUCGAGCUCCAGUUUCAGAUUAAAGUUCGACGAGAACAAGUAACCUUGGAAGAAGAUUCGAAUCACCCGAAGGUGAAGGAUCUGGUGAAGUUCUUCGAGUCUGCAGGCAAAACACCGACAGAAUCAAAGGAGGAAAGGCGAGGCCUUAAAUUGAGCCAAUCACUGAAUGCUUUUCACAACGUGCAACGGAAUGAUAAACGCGUCACUAAGCAGCUGGACAUGUUCAAGCUUCGGCAACAGGUGACUGACAUUCACACAGCAUCCCUUGCGAUACAGGCAGGAUUAUGUGGGUUAUUUGACUCUUAUGAAGAAUUCAUUUCGUCCCUAGUGAGAAAACAAAACAACAAGAUCGCAGAACAGCAAACGACGCAGCAGGCAGCACUGGAUGAAGAAGAUGAGGUAACGAAGGAGAACGCAACUGAAGUGUGUGAAACUGGCCUAACUGUCGAAAGAAGGAAGAGUUGUUGGAAAAAGUUGAAAGAACUGAAGAUGAACAACAAAGAUUUCAAGAACAGAUUGAAAUAACCCUAUGGCAGAUGGACAAACGAUGGCGACUCGCGUGUGUAACUUCUGUUCAAGCAGGACUGACACGGAUACUUGCAAGACCAUCUUACGUCUCAGGACUACAAUGUUGUGCUGCGUAGUCUGGUUGAAGUUUACUGGCUGUUCUCAAGACCAACAGUGAGAUACUUCAUGGCAUGGACGAACGUCAUCAACUUCAUCACAUGGUGUGGGGUUUUCCCCUUUUCCCCAGCUGUCCUUCAAAGAUACUGGUCAGAAGUUGGCCGUGCAGUAGGUUGAAGCCUUGACGAUGCUCAUCAUUGGCGAUGGGAUGAAAGACUACCCUUCUUGUCAAGAGGUCAUCACAUUCUGAGGAGUUCAUCCAACAAUAAAACUGUAGAGGCUUCUGAAGUUACACAAGGCCUACUGUGAGUUCCAAUGUGGCCCUAACCUAUCGCUCGGCCCAUCUGGCCUGUCUGCGCAGCAAACACCUGGAGAAGUCAUCCAUACCAUCAAAUCUCUCUUUGCUAGUCCUCAGACCAUCCUUAAUUUCACAUUGGUGUUCACCAGAGUGCCAGUUUCAGAGGCCCAACACCUCCUGAGCCAUUCCUUCGGUAAAGAUAUCCCGAUACUCUUUCGUGACUUGUGCCCCUUGUCUCGCUCCUCUUCCUGGGGGGAGGAGCGAGACAAUUCCCAAUUGAUCUCACCAAGUUUCAACAUUGUCAGACCUGUUUCCAUAUUCCAACCAUUUUAUCACCCAUAUGAUAGUAUGCAUCUAUGAAACAUGGUGAAUUUGUACCAGACUACAUGGCUUCCUCAUAUUGUAUGUAUAGUACAAAUAAUGUUAACAAUAUUAAUGUUUUUUUAUUCUCUAAAUAAAAUAUAUUCGUGGUUUA